CUGGAGGUGGCGUUGAUGACCCUGGUCAAUUCGGCUCCUGCCUGCCCCAACGUCCUGAAGCUGCUGGAGUGGUUUGACCGUCCCAGACGCUACACCAUGAUCCUGGAGCGCCCGCUUCCUUGCCAAGAUCUGGAGAGUUUCUGUGAGGAGAACGGACGCCUGGAGGAGAGUCUGGCCAAGAAAGUGCUGCUGCAGCUGAUCACGGCGCUGAAACACUGCGAGAGCCGUGGAGUCCUGCACCGGGACGUCAAACCAGAGAACCUGCUGAUCUCCACAGACUCACAUGACAUCAAGCUGCUGGACUUCGGCUGUGGAGAUCUGCUGAAAGACUCGGCCUACAAACACUUUGCAGGCACUCUUCAGUACGCCCCUCCUGAGUGGUUUCGGCAUCACCGUUAUCAUGCGGGACCGGCUACGGUUUGGUCAGUGGGGGUGACGCUCUACAACAUCCUGUGCAGCUGUUUCCCCUUCAGAGGCGCAUUGAGGGUCACCUCCAAAAGCAGACUGCUCUUUCCUAGAGAGCUGUCGACAGGCAAGAGACAGAAAUCAGGUCCAGAUCCAGGUGAAGCGUGUGGUUUUGUGUUCCUGAACACUGUGUUGUGUGUAACAGAGUGCCGUCAGCUGAUUCGCUGGUGCCUCAGUGCAGCGGCAUCAGAUCGGCCCAGUUUAGACGACAUUGAGCGCCACCCCUGGUUACACUGAGCAGGUGGCCAGUGACACACACUUAUCUGACUCACAGCAGUCAUGGCUGGAUUGUCUUGUUAGGAUCAGACUAGAUAAAUGCUUCUGAUUGUUUGUAUAGGGUGAGCAGGAGUGACACAGGAAGUGCAGAGAACAGCUUCCUGAUCACCUACAGAAAGAGCAGAGGAUCAUGGACUAAUGGCCGCCACACAAUGAAGGGUUUUGAUCCUCUGCUCCAGUCUGUGAGGGGCUCUGUGUGGAUGCUGGAGGAGUCUGAACACACAGCAGCUGAAACCUCAGCCCGACGGGCCACAGAUCAAUAUGUGUAGUUUCUCCACAAAUACAGUCGAGAGAAGGGAGAAAAGUGUCAAGAAGCAGAACAGGAUCAGAAAGAGUCUGGGGCAGAGUGUUAACUAGCAUAAUGUAUUCAUGGAAAAAAGUCCACUUGGUGUUAGACAGAAUUUAAGUCACCAAAAAAUUAAGUAGUAAUUCAAGUAGUCCCCACAAUGUUUACGAAACAGAAAUGUUGAAAUUUUACACAUUCAAA